UUCCCAUCGUGCUGAGGCGGGUGGCAUGGCGGAGAAGGAUGACACCGGACUUUGACGAAGAGGUGGUUUUUGAGAAUUCUCCACUUUAUCAGUACUUGCAGGAUCUGGGACACACAGAUUUUGAAAUAUGCUCUUCAGUGUCACCAAAAAUAGAAAAAUGCACAGCAACCGAGAGGCACCAAAAGACUCCAGUAACAGACCUUUCAAAAGCAUCCUGUUAAAAGUGGCCGAAACAAUCAAAAGUUGGAUUUCAUUUUCUCAAUGCAGUAAGAAAAAUGGCUUACUUCGCAAGCUGGAUAUUGGAUUCCGACUAGACUCGCUACAUACCAUCCUGCAACAGGAAGUCCUGCUACAAGAGGAUGUGGAGCUGAUUGAGCUGCUUGAUCCCAGUAUCCUGUCUGCAGGGCCGCCUCAACAACAGGAAAAUGGACACCUUCCAACACUUUGCUCCCUGGCAACUCCUAAUAUUUGGGAUGUCUCAGUGCUGUUUGCCUUCUUUAGCUUGCUGGUGAUGCUUCCCACUUGGUGGAUUGUAUCUUCCUGGCUGCUGUGGGGAGUGAUUCUCUUUGUGUAUCUGCUCAUCAGAGCUUUGCGAUUAUGGAGGACAGCCAAACUGCAAGUGACCCUAAAAAAAUACAUUGUCCGUUUGGAUGACACAGCAGCCAAUAGCCGAGCUUUUACAAACCUUGUCAGAAAAGCACUGCGCCUCAUUCAAGAGACUGAAGUCAUCUCCAGAGGAUUUACUCUUUUGCUUGACAGGGUCAGUGCUGCUUGCCCAUUUAAUAAAGCUGGACAGCAUCCCAGUCAGCAUCUCAUCGGUCUUCGGAAAGCUGUCUACAGAACUGUAAGAGCCAACUUUCAAGCAGCAAGACUAGCUACCCUAUAUAUGCUGAAAAACUACCCCCUGAACUCGGAGAGUGACAAUGUAACCAACUUCAUCUGUGUGGUGCCUUUUAAGGAGCUGGGCCUAGGACUUAGUGAUGAGCAGGUUUCAGAAGAGGAAGCUCAUAACCUUACAGAUGGCUUCAGCCUGCCCGCCUUAAAGGUUUUGUUCCAACUCUGGGUGGCUCAGAGUUCAGAGUUCUUCAGACGUUUAGCUCUGUUACUUUCUACAGUGAAUUCACCUCCUGGAUCCCAGCUGACUCCCGCACUUUGGCCUCAUCGUAUUUUAUCAGAUGUGAUUCAAGGUCUACCUCAUGCUCAUUCUGCCUGUUUGCAGGAGCUAAAACGCAGCUAUGAGUUCUAUCGGUACUUUGAAACUCAGCACCAGUCUGCACCCCAACGUUUAUCUAAAACCCCACAGAAGUCAAGGGAACUGAGUAAUGUCCACACAGCAGUACGCAGCUUGCAGCUCCAUCUGAAAGCAUUACUGAAUGAAGUAAUCAUUCUUGAAGAUGAACUUGAAAAACUUGUUUGUACUAAAGAGACACAAGAACUAGUGUCAGAGUCUUACCAAAUCCUAGAACAGAAAUUGAAGUUGCUUCAGCCUCAUGUACAAGCAAGCAACAAUUGCUGGGAAGAGGCCAUUUCUCAGGUGGACAAACUGCUACGAAGAAAUACAGAUAAAAAAGGCAAACCUGAAAUAGUUUGUGAAAACCCACAUUGUACAACUGUACCUUUGCUGCAGCCGACUCUACACAUUGCUGACAAAGAUCCAAUUCCUGAAGAGCAGGAGUUAGAGGCUUAUGUAGAUGAUAGAGAUAUGGACAAUGAGUUCAGAAAGGAUGACUUUUAUUACUUGUCUCAAGAAGACAGAGAGAGGCAGAAGCGUGAGCAGGAAGAGUCUAAGAGAGUCCUCCAGGAGUUAAAGUCUGUGCUGGGCUUCAAGGCAUCUGAAGCAGAAAGGCAGAAAUGGAAACAGCUUCUGUUUAGUGAUCAUGCUGUGUUGAAAUCCUUGUCUACUGUUGACCCAGUGGAACCCCUAAAUAAUUCAGAGUCAUCUAUGAAUUCAGAUAUGGGAAAAGUUGGUAAAAAUGAUACUGAAGAGGAAAAUAGUAGACCCUCUACAACUAGCAGUGAAAUAAAUAGGACUGAGUAUUUCUGUGAAAACCCUCUAGAGAGUGAAAAUAAGGACAAUUCUACAAAUGAAGCCUUCCUCCCAGGAGCUGAAGAAAGUGUGUGUUACCAGUGUCAGAGUGAAGAUGAAUCUCCACAGGCAGAUAUAGGGGAGCUAGCCACCACCCAGCCAACUCCCAGGGACUCACUACAGCCCUCCAUUAAGCAGAGGCUGGCCCGGUUACAGCUGUCAUCUGACUUUAACUUCACAUCCGGCCUGGCUGCAGAAGUAGCUGCUAGAUCCCUCUCCUUUACCACCAUGCAGGAACAGACUUUUGGUGAUGAAGAGGAGGAUGAAGAGCAGAUAACACACGGAAAGAGUAACAGUGGGAUAGAAGAAAAAGAAAAGCCAAGGUUUACCUGAAGGAUUUGAUACUCUCCUAUUUAUGAAAGUAUUUUAGCUUGGGCACGAUAGACAUUUCACUGGAAUGGGGAAACAAGUGUAAGUUUACAUAGACACCUAAGAUAUGAAUUCACAGGAAGAUCUGAACAAUUGCUCUGAAAACACUAGUUGGGUAUAAACGGCAGAUCUUUUAGACAAGUAAACGAAAGGUAAGGGCUUUCCUGAGGAACCUGCCAUCUUAUUUGUGGCUCAACCAAUCAAUCUUGGAAUUCUUUAAGUACUUUUAAUAAGAAAUGGAUUUUUCAUUUCUUGCCGAAAUUUGCUAGCAUAAGGUGAUGGAAUAAGAACAUGAACAUUUAGUAUGACUCCUUUUUACUGUAUCCUUGCAGUGGAUAACUGCUGCUAUUCUGUUAAUAACAAGCUGUUUGUAUUUUCCUUGUUUAUACCAGUCAUAAAACAAAGAUAAAGGUUCUGAAUUAAAAAAAUGAAUUCAUUGCAAUCAAUGUGUGCUGCGAUUUGAAACUAAAAAGUUGUUUCAAAAGUACAUAACACACUUCUUAUGUUUCCUUUUGUAUGUGUGUAUUCCAGUGGUUGAUUUAAAGAUGUCCUAAUAAUUUUUAAAAGAAAAGGUUUGUACAAUUUUUAAGAAUGAUGACCAUGUUCCUUUUUACGCGUGUUUAUCACAUCUUCCACAUCUAAAAGUGGGGUCUUUAUAUGCCCUAUCCUCAACCUUGCAGAAAUUUCAUUGGAUUAAUUUACUUAGAACCCAUGCCGAGUCAGGAAACCGGGCAGCUCAUAAUUCUGCCCGAGGUUGCAUCCUAUCCACAUUAGAGAUUCAGAAAACAUCCUGUCCACUUCCUAGAAAUCAUCCUGUUUCCUUAGUACUUUAUUUACUACUAAGAGGAAGUUGCUGACCAAUUCGUAUCAUCCUAUGCAUUUUGUUUUAUGGUUGCAUUUUCAAAAAUGGUGUUUUCAGAAGUACCCAGUUUUUGAAGCCUGUGGCUCAUAUGCACUGACAAAAUUUAUACCUAUUAUUUGUGGUGAAUGUCAGAUUAACUUAAUUUAUGCUGCUCUCCUGAGAAGGAAAUUACAUGAUGAAUCUAGAUCAUUGAAAGACUUUUUUAAAGCACGUUUGGAUUUCUAUAGUUGAAAACUUUAGGUGAGUAAACUCUUGUAUUCUUAGCAUAAUUGAAGGGAAUUUUUUUUUGUUCUUUCAAUGAUCUAAGGAAAAGACUUUUUAUCUGAUCCUGGAAAAAAACCCAACUUGGUUCUGCUUUAUAUGGUGAGUCAAAAUCUUUGUAUGAUGAGUAAUUUUUCGAGUUGCCAAAAUUCUUUGACAGCUGUAAUUAAGCUCAAAGAAUCAAUACAUUAAAGUAGGACAAGCUUAACAUUUAGCUAAAUUUCAAGAGGAAAAAAUGAUUGUUAUAUUGAACAUUUCUUAGAUACUUAUACUUAGGCUCAGCUUCUACUUUAUCUAGUUUACUAAUUCCUUUUUUUCUUUAGACUUAUAAAAAAUACUUAUGGAAAACUUGAUCAUCCUUUUUCUUAGCCAGUAUCCUUAAACAGGAAAAAACAGAGUUUAAUAAUUUUCAUUAUUUUGUUAUCUUUUAUUUAUAUUAUGCUAGAUUUAAUUUAAUUUAGGGGGAAAUGUCUUCAUAGUAUUAAAUCAAUUUUAUUUAACUUUUAAUGACUAAGAAGGUUUAUACAGGUGUACAAAAUAUUCUAGACUCAUUAUUGCUUACUUAGUUCAAUGAAAACUCUACUAGCUGAAAAAAUUUCCAAGAUAAAUAUUUUCCUGUGAAAGUAAUUUUCCUUGACUCGUUUUUCCCUUCAUAUACUCUAAAUCAGUUGUUUCAGUGCAACAACUGCAUCAAAAUAACCUGGGAGGAGUGGUAUUUUAAAAUGCAGAUUCCAGGCUCUACUUGAGUAGGUCUUAGUGGAUGCUUCUAGAAUGAGACCUAUGUAAUGUUUACACACAGGAAAAUCUUAACCAUUUAUCUGGGACAUUUUCUUGCUAUGAAUACCUUAGGAAAUUAAAACAAAUAGGCUAUUGAAUAUAAUUAGAUGUUCUUGUUUGUUGCUUUUCUAGGAAUAUUUUAUUUGCAUUAUCAGUUCUGUAAUGACGACUAUCCUGUAUCCAGAAAAAGCUCUCUGUGGGAAACAAAUCUUAUCAGAAAAAUUGUAAUUCUUCUUUCCAAACUUUACAGUAUUAUUUUGACAGAAAACUUCUCACUGAGAGUACACAUCCUGAUACUCUUACUAUAAACAUUUCCAUAGUUUAUUUUACUAGGAUAAACCUAGUACCAUAAAAAUGUUUAGAAGAGGCUAGGUCAUUUUUGAAGGCAAGACCUUUUUACCCUUGGCCAACACUUAAGAAAAUCAUGAAAGUAAAUCUGAUAAUAAUCAUCAUGCCUUAAAUUCUCUUUUCAGCUUCCAUUGAAACACUACCUAUCUGGCUUGUCUCGUUUCUGGUCUUUGAUUGCCACCCUCUGCUUUUCACAAGUUAUCUGUAUUUAUGACUUCAUAAGAUAAGUCCUUGUUAAGACUAAUUGUAAUUAUAGCAUCUAAAUAUAUUUCAUUGGAAACUCA